AUGCGCUCCUUUUACCUCUUUGGCCGCUUUUGUGGCCAAAGGGAUUUCCUGGUCUUUCGAUUCACGAGCCGCGUCCGCAUCUUGCACCGUCAACAGCCCUUCAGCAAAUGGACCAGAAAAUACAGCCUCAAGGACCCCCGACAGCGGCGCACCCCGUCCCUUCUAGCCGCUGCAGUCGCUCUUUCUCCGGCAGCCUUUAUUCAGCUCGGGGAAGAAAAUGAAGGUGGCAAGACGCGAGAGAUCAAAAUGCUGGAGGUGUCCAGGGAGGAGAUCAGUAAAAAGGUUCCCGACGACGCCUAUGGUCUCCGCCGACUCUACAAGACCGUCAUCUAUGUCCUCGACCAGUGGAUAUACGAGCCUCUUGCCACGAGCCUGCGCUUCUUUCAUCUGCUCGUCAUCUUUGUCCCCGUCAUUGUCGCCAUCCCCGCUGCGUUCUUGGGUCCAAGGAGAAAAGAUCACGAUAACGAAAGAGUCGGGACAAUAUGGUGGUAUGGGUUUCUUGUGAACGCCAUGGAAAGAGCAGGCCCUGCUUUCAUCAAACUUGGUCAAUGGGCUGCGUCUAGGAGCGACAUCUUCCCCGCUGAGAUGUGCAGACAGAUGUCGGAGCUGCAUUCCAAUGCGCCCGCUCAUUCUCUCCGUCAUACUAUCAAGACCAUAUCUGAGGCAUUUGGCGGGAGGUCAUUCAACGAAAUCUUCGAGGAAUUUGACGAGAAGCCUCUCGGUGUCGGUGCCAUUGCCCAAGUCUACAAGGCCAGGCUCAAGCCAGACCUCGCCAAGCCAGACGAUAGCGACCUCGAGGCCAUAGACAAACACAGAUUGAGGGAUCGAAUCAGGAGGAAUGUAGACGCCCUUGUCAAGUCAAGCCCACAAAGGGUCCCUUCAGCUUAUGUCGCUAUCAAGGUCCUGCAUCCAAAAGUCGAACGCAAUGUUCGGCGAGAUCUCAAGAUCAUGGGUGUCUUUGCCGCAAUCAUCAAUGCUAUCCCAACUCUCGAGUGGCUUGAUCUCCCGAACGAAGUCCACAACUUCGGCGAGAUGAUGAGGCUGCAGUUGGAUCUCCGGAUAGAGGCCGCAAACCUGACCAUCCUUCGGAAACACUUCCAGCAUCGAACUACAGCAUGGUUCCCCUUUCCAUAUACUGAUUUUACCACUCGCACUGUCCUCGUCGAGGAGUUUGCCCAGGGCCUUCCACUUGCAGCUUUUCUAGAAUCCGGAGGUGGCGCGUUCCAGAAGGACAUUGCAAACGAAGGACUCGAUGCAUUCUUACACAUGCUUCUGAUAGACAAUUUUGUUCAUGCCGAUCUUCAUCCCGGCAACAUCAUGGUCAACUUCUACAAGCCAGUCCAUCCUGACAUGGGACUUGAUGUCAAGUUACCCACCUAUAUGUCUCGACAAGACGCAUCACAGCCAGCGACAGCUUCCGAGAUCGACGAGUCCGAGGCAGUUCUGUCGCGGCUACGUCCAUAUAUUGGGCAAAAGAGGGAAUGGCUGGCUGCUCUGGACCAGCUUGACAAGGAGGGGUACAUACCACAACUGAUCUUCAUCGACACAGGCCUCGUGACGGAACUCAACGCGAAGAAUAGAGCCAAUUUCCUGGAUCUUUUCCGUGCCGUCGCCGAAUUCGACGGCUACAAGGCUGGGCAUCUGAUGAUUGAGCGUUGUCGUCAGCCUGAUGCCGUUAUUGAUGGUGAAGUGUUUGCCCUCAAGAUGCAGCAUCUCGUCCUGGCCGUCAAGGGCCAAACCUUUGCCCUGGGCAAUAUUAAAAUUGGUGACGUUCUUUCUUCAGUCCUCGGAAUGGUGCGGGCCCAUCACGUCAGGAUGGAAGGCGACUUUGUGAAUGUGGUCAUCUCAAUUCUGCUUUUGGAGGGUAUUGGAAGGGCGCUGGAUCCCGACCUCGAUCUUUUCCAGAGCGCCCUGCCCAUCCUGCGACAAAUCGGAUCUUCCGACCCUGGAGCCGUGCUCAAGAGCUUCAAGGAGGGCGACUUCUCCUUACUGAAGAUCUGGGUGGGCCUCGAAGCACGAAGAUUUUUCCAGGCCAGCGCGGAAAGUGUCGAGAUGUGUGUCAAGUACGACUUACUCAGCCCCAACGUGUGA